UAUAAAUAUUGCUUCAAAGCAAUCCCAGUUCUCACUCCUCUCUCAACACAGGCCUUUUGUCGAACGGAUGGCGAACCUUGUGAGAAGGCCAUAUCUUUACUCAAAGAUGGACAAGGAGGACCCGGAAGAGACGAGGCGCCGACGAGCUCAGUUCCUGAUCUACAAGGUGCUGCAGCAAGCGGAUUCUCGGAGGAAACAACCGCCAUACGUGAAAGCCAGAAUCUGCGUGUUGAAGAUCAAGGUUGGGAAGAGACUGAAGAGGCUGAGGAAGAGAAUGUUGCUUACUGUGUCGGCGGCUAAAUCUAGCCUUUACAAACGGGUAGUCGGCCAUUUGAAGACGUGGAAGUCGUUGGUCAUUUGAAGCUAUCGAGUGUUGCUUUUUCCAUUUUUCCGGCGAGAGAAUGACUCGUUCGCCGGUGACCAGCCCUUUUUAUUCAACGUUUUCAUGCAGCGGUUCCGUAUUCAUUUUUCUAUAGCGAACAGAGCCCAAAUUGAAAGAGCAUAGGUUCUAAAAUUUGAAAUUAAAAUCAAUGCAAUUUUUUUUUAAUAAGAUUUUAACUUUUUUUUAUAUUUAU